AUGAAAAAUGAUGAUGCAUCUGAGAGGUAUGUAGAAGAAUUUUACAACAUUGAAAAUCCUUAUGAAAAUGACUGGUUCUUCUUUUUACAGCCAAACUUAAAAGAUAUAAGAGAUUCUAUUAAUACAACUGAUGAAAGAUCAGGAAAAAUUUAUGAUAAGGAAAAUUAUUAUGAUAUAGAUUAUAUUAGAUUUGCUUUAUAUGCAAUGUCAGCCAAGAAGUACAAGAGUGGAGGGUUAAAAAAUGUCAAUUGGAAUCAUGGUAUAGUUGCCACAUGUGGUCACCAAUAA